UAGAACGCCCCGACAGACAAAUAAAAUGGGCUUCCCAUGUCAGAAUUCACGGCAUAACAUCGCCUAUCCGUCUUCUGUUCUCUGAAGAAGAAAACCCAUGGAAAUGGAGAAAACGGCAGAGCAGAUGCAACGAAGAGAAGCCGACCUGUCCAAGACGCUCAUAUGGGACUGCGGAAGCUCGCUUUAUGACUCCUUUGAGCUCGAGUCGCUCAAGCGCCAACUCGACGCCGCUGUGUCUUCUCGUAGCUCCUCCAUGACUCACUUGCCUAGUCGUUGUUCUGGAGCUCGACUGGCUCAGCCGACAGCCAACCGAGCUUCAAAGAGGAUCUCACAACCGCUCCAGAAAUUUAUCCAAUCCCUUUUCAAGUCGCCGAGGGCGACUAAGCCUCGGCCGAAGGACCCAAGUGAUGGGUUUUGCUUUUAUCAGUCGGGUCCACUUUUGGCCAUUCCAAAGGCUUCAGGGGUGGAUCAUGGCGGGUUAUCACCAGAUAUCAGCUUGUUUGUGAGGACAGCCUCAGAGAGACUCAGCUCCACAUCUAUCGGUUAUAUCUCGUAGGCUUGGACAUGAGCAAGAAACUUAUUUAUCAGGCAGCCUCUUUUUCAUUACGUAUGCAGUGUACAUCCAGUGAUGGACCUAUGUUGGGUGUUGAAUAACUUUUCUGAGGUUUUGGGUUUGCUGCACAUUCACUGGGUUAAUGAGUAACUGGAAUAUUUUAUAAAA